AAAUACUGAAUUAUAGCCGAAGAGAACCUGAAAAUGCAGACACAGGCAGUAGGCUUUGGCACACAUACAUGCACACAAACAUACGUUUAUUUAUACCCCAAGGAGGGACACACAACUCACAAAGCCCAGUCUUAGCAAGACCUGCACGCCCGGCGAGCACUCCUUCAUUUAGCGAUAGCAACAUCCCGCAAAUAAGAUUGUGACUUCUGAAAUAUUCAUUACAAUUUUACAAUUGUCUUGAACUGUGCAGGAUUUUUCCUAGCGGUUUUGGUCCCCCUUGCCGGUACUGCACCCCCAGUAGCAAGAUGAAGAAAGGAUUUAUUACAGUGAGGACAGUAUUUGCGUUUCUUUCGUUAACUACUGUUUUUGUUGCAUUAGCUGCGGCUGAACAAGCUAUCCUUGCAAACCAUUUACUGGUACAGUUACAAGGUGGAGGUGAAGAUGUAGCGAAGCAAAUUGCUGCAGAAUAUGGCUUUAGAGGUGUCAGGAAGCUUCCUUUUACACAUGACCAGUAUCACUUUUAUCACCAUGGAAUUCCUAAGGGGAGGAGAAGGCGCAGCCUUCGCCAUAAGCUGCAUCUUGAAAAAGACCCAAGGGUAAAGGCAGUUGUGCAGCAGGAGGGGUUUGAGAGAAAAAAGCGUGGCUAUAGGAGUCUUAAUGAAAUUGAUAUCAAUAUGAGUGAUCCUUUGUUUGCAAAACAGUGGUACCUGAUUAACACAGGACAAGCAGAUGGAACUCCAGGGCUUGACUUGAAUGUAGCUGAAGCUUGGGAACUGGGAUUUACUGGAAAAGGGGUGACCAUAGCAAUUAUGGAUGAUGGUAUUGAUUAUCUGCACCCUGACCUUGCUUCAAAUUAUAAUGCAGAUGCCAGCUAUGACUUCAGCAGCAACGACCCCUAUCCAUACCCUCGGUACACAGAUGAUUGGUUUAACAGUCAUGGAACUAGAUGUGCGGGAGAAGUGUCAGCAGCUGCUAAUAAUAACAUAUGUGGUGUUGGAGUAGCUUAUGGUUCAAAGGUUGCAGGCAUUCGAAUGUUGGAUCAGCCUUUUAUGACAGAUAUUAUAGAAGCUUCAUCAAUCAGUCACAUGCCACAAAUAAUUGACAUUUACAGUGCCAGCUGGGGACCGACUGAUGAUGGUAAAACUGUGGAUGGACCCCGAGAACUGACCUUGCAGGCCAUGGCUGAUGGAGUGAAUAAGGGUCGAGCUGGAAAAGGCAGUAUUUACGUUUGGGCUUCAGGAGAUGGAGGCAGUUAUGAUGACUGUAACUGUGAUGGUUAUGCUUCUAGUAUGUGGACAAUCUCUAUCAAUUCUGCAAUCAAUGAUGGCCGAACAGCCCUUUAUGAUGAAAGCUGCUCUUCCACUCUGGCCUCUACAUUCAGCAAUGGCCGAAAGAGAAAUCCUGAGGCUGGUGUGGCUACAACGGACCUUUAUGGAAACUGUACCCUGCGCCAUUCCGGAACUUCUGCUGCAGCACCUGAGGCGGCUGGAGUGUUUGCACUGGCUCUGGAAGCUAAUCCCAAUCUCACAUGGCGUGAUAUGCAACACCUAACUGUCUUAACAUCGAAAAGGAACCAGCUACACGAUGAGGUUCAUCAGUGGCGUAGAAAUGGAGUCGGGCUUGAGUUCAACCACUUAUUUGGCUAUGGAGUUCUGGAUGCAGGAGGAAUGGUUAAAAUGGCUAAAGACUGGAAGACAGUUCCUGAGAGGUUCCACUGUGUUGGAGGCUCAGUGACAGAACCUCAGAAAAUACCACCUGAUGGCAAGUUGAUAAUGACAAUCACAACUGAUGCCUGUGAAGGAAAAGAUAACUUUGUUCGGUAUCUAGAACAUGUACAAGCUGUAAUAACUGUGAAUGCCAGCAGAAGAGGUGACCUAAAUAUCAAUAUGACAUCACCUAUGGGUACAAAGUCCAUUCUGCUGAGUCGGAGACCAAGAGAUGAUGACUCCAAGGUUGGUUUUGAUAAGUGGCCAUUCAUGACAACACACACAUGGGGAGAAGACCCAAGAGGCACCUGGUUGCUUGAAGUUGGUUUUGUAGGAGGUGUACCUCAGAAAGGAGUAUUAAAAGAAUGGACACUGAUGCUCCAUGGGACACAAAGUGCCCCCUACAUAGACCAGAUAGUAAGAGAUUACCAGUCCAAGCUGGCAAUGUCCAAGAAAGAGGAGCUGGAAGAAGAAUUAGAUGAGGCCGUUGAAAGAAGUCUGAAAAGUCUGCUAAGAAAAAAUUAGUGCUGCUUUACACUGCAUGCAAGCUUUGUUUUCUUCUUUCCUUUUCAUCCUCUGUUGACACACACUCACACAAGCACAUUUUUGUCCUCAUAAAAGUUUCUGCAUUUUACAUACACUAUGAAUAAUUAUUGCUGUUCCCAGCACAUUGCCUUUUUAAAUUUAAAGGUAAAACAUUAGUAUCCACUGAAAAAUCUGACUAAAAUUAAUAUAAUAUUAUUAGUUUCAGUAUAUGCUUUAAAGUAUAGUUUGCAACUGUACAUUAUUCCUUGUGUCAUACUUAAAGUUAAUAUCACUCAAUCAAAGCAGUGAAAGUUUAUUAUUUUAUACUUUGCAAUGUUUAUAUUAAGCAAAAUAGAGUGUGUGCUCAAUUUUAUGGACAAUGGUUCAAAGAACAAUUAUCCCAUUGUCAUACAGCAUAGAGAAGAAGCUCAUUUCCUCACUAGUUGGCCUGGAAAGCCCUAGAGUUAUCCAAAGAGAAACAAUGCCAGUUUAACAUGGCAUUUCACACUCAUACAUAAAUUGGUACUAGUUGUUGCAUCAUUUCAGCUGUUUCGGCAGAAAAGAUUUCUUCUUAUAUUUUCUAAAAUGUUGUUGACUACGUUAACAAAGCACAAUGACGUUACCAUUGCAAACAGGGUAACUGGUCCCUUUUAGGUGCUGACUGAACCUAGAAAUUACAAAAUAGGUGGUGAUUUGUUCUUAUAGAAACUGUACGGACAAAUACAAACAAUACAUGCAUUGAAUGCUUUUCUACAGCACAAGACCACGUAUAACAAGAUUCUCGAGGGAAUUUCAAAUCAUAUGUCUGUCCCUAAAGUAAUUACGUCACAUUGCCUAAAUUCUGACAGCUGCUAAAAAUGCAGCAUGUGUGAUCAUUACAGCUCAUAAUACAUUAUUUCCACCUUUCUUUACAUCAAUUAGGCCCACUCACUGGAGAACUAGGUAAACAUAUGUGGUCUCUUCGGCUGAAAAGUGCAAAACACAGACUGUUUUAUUAUAACAGUACUUUUUUUGCUCCAAAAUGAUACACAAUUCUUGUAGUAUAAUAUAUUUGCAAUAUACAUGACGGAUUUAUGAUAGUGACUGUGGAGUCAGCUGUUAAACACAAUUAAAGUAUGUAUAGGGGUUGGUGGUUUACAGAGAAAAGUAAUGAGGUUAUUUUCAUGAAUAGGUUGCAGGUUCUACGUGUUGUGCUGAUAUUAUCAAAUGCCAAGAUUUGGUGGCUUGAAGAAACAGCCCUGAAUGAUUAACAUGGUAUAUAAAGCAAUAUUUCACUUUAGAAAACUUUUGGAAUGUACCAGCUCACAAAUUACAUAUUUAUUUUUCUAUCAGUUUUAUUACGCAAAUUAAUUACCUGACCUAAUUAUGAAUGAGCGCUACACUGUUUACAAAUGUUUUCAUGUUUGCUAAGUCACCAUCUUGACUAGUGAUUAGUGAUUACAUUAUCAUAAUCCAUAUAACAAUGAUAAUACAUUGGAUUUUUCUCAUUGUUACCACUCCUAAUCCCAAAUGAUGUUUAUUAUCUUGAAAUGCCAUUUUUCUCACAAUAGAAAUAUUGCUCUGGAAGAAAAAAAAUAUACAUUAUUUUUCUUAAACAGUAUCUGCUGAAUGACAUUCACUGAAAGAUUAAAAUAGCAGUAGGCUAUUCUACAAAGCACUAAUCCAUGGUUUUUGACGUGGUAUAACUUGUCAUACAGAUUGUGUGAAUAUUACCAGUUUAAAGUAAAUAGAAUAAACAUGUUAUGGUUCGUUUAUUAUAUUCUGCCAUACAUUGUCUCAGCAGACAUAGAUGAGUCUUUUCUUCUCCUGCUAGUUUUGAUUUAAAAGCAACUCAUGCUCACAUUAAGCAGUUAUGUAUAGAUGCAGUGGCAUUUGGAGAAGUGUUUUCAAUUCCUGUGAUGUUCUAAACACAGAUUUAGUUUAUUUCUUUUAAUUCACAGCAGGCCAAAUAAAAAUGAAAGACAUAUAUCACA